UAAAUUAAUUUUUUUUCCCUCAUUUUCGCUCUAUAAGUCUACUCUGUCUUCCUAUUUUCUCUUCUAUUUCUCUCUCUCAAAGCUUAGUUUCCCUCUCUAUCGUUUGUUUGUUUGUUCACAGGGGCCAUGUCUUCCAGAGGAACAAAUGCUUCUUCCGGCAUGGGGGUUGCUGAGCAUAGCAAGACCACAUACAUGGAGCUGCAGAGGAAGAAGGUAUACCGCUAUCUGAUCUUUAAGAUAGAUGAGAAGAAAAAUGAGGUUGUGGUUGAGAAGACUGGAGGCCCAGCAGAGAGCUAUGAAGAUUUUACUGCUUCGUUGCCUGAGAAUGAUUGUAGAUACGCAGUUUAUGACUUUGAUUUCGUAACCUCAGAGAACUGCCAAAAGAGCAAGAUCUUUUUCAUUGCCUGGUGUGUUCACUUUUCUGUAGGCCUGAUCUUAUACUUGCAGUAGCUGUAGUCACCUCCUUGUUUGCGUGGUUAGUGUUGCCCUUAUAUGGUGUCUUAAACUAGGUGAUUUUUUUUUUCCUCUUUUAAAACAAACAUUUUUUUACUCACUACAGACCUAACCCCACCCUUUCACACACACAAACGCAAGGCUAGUAUGAGGGGGAUUUGACCCCGAGACAUCAAGGUACAACCAAUUUCAGUUUGCUUUUUCUUUUGGCUAUCCGGUCAUGGUUCUUGGUCCCUGGAGUUAGAUUAUUUUCACUAAACAAAUGGAUUAUAAGGAAGCUGAUUGAUAGAGAUUAGAGGGAAGAGAAAGGGGGAGAAAUUAUAGCAGAAUUUAGAGGAAAUGUUAGAGAGAAUUAGAGCGAGAGAGUAUUCAAUUUAUUUCGUAAUCAACUAUGUUUUUCAACAAUGAAUUAGACCUCUAUUUAUAGGGCCAACUCUAGACUAUAAAUGGUAUUUUCUAGGACAUUAAUUCAAAGAUAAAGACAAUCAAACCAAAUAUCUCCAUCUAAAAGAAAGAAGAUCAUCUAGGUAAGGAAAUCUUUUCUCUU